AUGAUGAUUGAUAUGGGGCGUGUGGCCGAGGGCGCCAUCCACCUGGCCUCGCGUGCUCUCGUUGAGCGAACCCCCACGCCGGCCGAGGACAGCUCUCGCGCGUCGAGCACCUGUAAAAAGGGCGACGACAGUCCCCAAUGCAUCACCCCGGCCUCGAGGCAGAAUCAGCAGACGAUCGCCAUUGUUCUUGGUGUAGUAAUUCCGCUCUGUGGUGCAAUCAUUGCCUUGGUCUUCCUCCAUCGACGAUUACAAAAGAAACAACGCGCCGAGGACCUCAACGAUCCGCACGACUCGAUCGACUUUGGUAUGCAAGGCGUCCAGAAGUUUGGUGCAAAGCGAGCCAACAAUGGCCGAAAGAAUCCUGAAAUGAUAGUCACCGACUUGGGCGGAGCCACGCAUUCCGGCAAGAAGGGAGGUCACGGACUGUCGUUUGACUUGGGGGUCAACAGCCCCUACUUGUUGCCUGCUGGCAUGCAGGGCUCGAGCGAGUCGAUCCACAGCAUGUCUCGCAACUUCCACGACGACCAUGAUCCUUACCGCCCGGUGACCCUGAUGCGGCCGUCGAUGGAUAGUGAAUCUGUACGCUUCGGUCGCCUGCACGACGACAAGGGCUCACUGUACUCCCUAUCCACCAACCACUCUCCCAGUGCGGCGCUCAUUGCAAAUGCUCGACCCAUGUCUCGUACAUAUACCAAGGACUCCGUCUCCUCUCCACUCGCCAGCACGCCUUCCUCAGACUUCCCGCCAUCGCGUUCGAAGCACAGUUCAUUGAGCCGUGAUUCCCAUGCAUAUCAAGAAAAGGAGAAGAGUCUGGCACACAUUGUCGAGAGGGAAUUGCCGUCGCCACCAGCCGCCCCAGCGCCCGUGUUGUUACAGAUGCCACCACCGAGAAAGUCUUCGGCCAACAAUCCAAUCCCACCUCGCAAAGACUCAAUGUCGUCGCCCGACGCUGCAAGCCGUCCGGAGUCGAGCAAUUACGGCGACGACGAACCAUAUGCUCCGACCAACCCCAAUGUAGUCAUCGACGAGCCGUACGAUAUCGAUCCGCUGGAGAUGUAUGCUCGCUACUCCAUCGACGGUGCAGAUGCGCAACCAGCACCCACUUUGCACGCACCCCAGCCACAGCGAAUGUCGACAUUAGGCGCGCCUAGCCUCUCCAUCGUCCCGGGCCAGUCAGGGUCAAGACUAUCAGUAAUGGGUGGCGGCCAGCGGCUGUCCGUUAUGGGAGCUGGAAACAGGUUGUCCGUAAUGGGCGCUCGUCCUCUGCCAGCAGAUCUCCCAGAAGACAAUCCCGAGGUCCGCGCAAACAGAAUUCGCUCCUUCUACAAGGAGUACUUUGACGAUAGCAAGCCCGUUCCCGCGAAUGCCCAGUACGAAGUAGACGACUACUAUGAGGAUGGCGUCAUGGAUGGUGCCAUAUAUGAUCCGGCCACUGGUGGAUUCUUCAUUCCAGGCUCCAAGCCAUUUGCUCAGCCUGUUGGCCGCAGAGCAAUGACGCCGCCACCACGUUCCAAGCCGCGUGUYAGCGGCGGCAAUUCUCCAAUGCCACAUCAGAGGAAGUUCUCCACGUACUCCACCAUGUCCGGCGGUCGUCCUGGUAUGAGAGGUCGCCCUAUGGCGCAGAAGAAGCUACCACCUCCAAUGCCACUGUUGAGCCUGCCGACUCCUCACGCUCUCAAGCAGGAUGCUUGGAUCUCGAACCCCAUCGAUUUCGCUCCUCCAAGCUCUGUUCGCACCGUCCAGAACGGUGCCAGACCCGACUCGCCAUUCGGAUCGCAGCGGCCUUACAGCCCAAGUGUGCGAGCAUUCACCCCUCUGGCGUCCUCCUUUGAUGUUCUGCAGGUUCUUCCAUCUCCUCAUGAUCUCCGCAAAUCGACCACAUUCACAGCGCUGGAUUUUGCGCCUCCAUCCCGGAUACGAGAUCCUGCUGCGAGUGGUGGAAGCGACAACGGAAGUAUCCGCAGCGCCCGUUCAGGAAUCUCCGCCAUGCAACAUCAAGCAGUGCGGGAAGGCGCAUACCGUGUGUCCCGCAUUCCCAAGGAGAUGGUGACAUCCCGGGAGGAUCUGGCAUCCCAGCUGCGGCCGAAGAUGGACAUGGUUUCAAAAGCAUAG